CACCUCACUUCUGAGUCUUUGACUCUUUUCCAACUUCUUGCUCCCAAGGAAACACAGGAAGAACAACGAACAAAUCAAUAAUAUAUAGAGAGAGAGAGAGAGAGAGAGGACGAGGGGAGUCUGGUUCCGGCGAUGGACGAUGGGAAUCCCGACGACUGGCUGCCGGAAGGCUGGAGAGUUCAGGUCAAUGUUAGGAAGAACGGUAAAAGAGAUAAGUGGUACUUCCCUCCCACCGGCGGGGCUAAAUUCUACUCUAAACUUGAGGUAACUCGAUAUCUAAAGAGCAACGGUAGUGGCAUCAACAUUGGUGACAACGAAGGCCAUACGAGCGAUGACAGCUACAACCUCGACACAGUGAACAAUACUGGAAGCAAUAAGAACAUCAGUACAAUCGACAGAAGUGACAACUUCAACAUUAGGGGCAACAUCACCACCACUACACCCUCCAAUACUGUCAAGCAUAGCAACAACCUCGACUUGGUGAACAUCACUAGUAGCAACCCCACCUCCGCCGUGGGCAAGAAUACCGACAACAUCACGGAUAGUAGUAAUCACUCUGCAAAUAGCCAUCCCAAGAGUGAAGAAGAGAAGGAGGAGAAUGGCACGCUUAAAAGAUCCUCUAAAAAGGUUACCUUUGAGAAGGCUACACCGGAAGGGCUACCUCCAGGAUGGACCAAAGAAGUUAAAGUAACAAAGAAGGGCAGCAAAGUCAGAAGAGAUCCGUAUUAUACGGAUCCUGAAAAUGCGUACACGUUCCGUUCUAUGAAAGAUGUAUUUCGGUACAUCCAGACUGGGGAGGUUGGAAGACUAGCAAUCAGGCGGAGGCAAGCAAGGCAUCAUGAAGACGCAGAAGAUGAUGAAACUCCGUCACCAGCUUCAGCCAAGAAACAAAAGUUGGGGACUGAUACAACUGUGAACGGAACUAAUCAGAGCUUAAAGGUGCCUAAAGUAGAACCUACUGGAAACUAUCAGACCUUCAAAGUAUCUAAAGUAGCUCCAUCAGCACCUGAAGCCCUCCUAGAUGUUCAAGCAAUGCAACGUGAAGAAAUAGACCAGAUCCUUGAGGCAACUGAACUAGCUACUACUAUAGUAUCUGAAAUGUUCCCUGCAAAGAAAUCAGUUCAACACGAGAAAAAAGAGAUUGAAGCAACUCCUCCCGAAGCUAAAGGCGUCUCUGAUACGCAGCCAGUACAACAACACAAAGUGGAAAACCAUGAGACCCAGAAACAUAGUACUACUGGCAAGUCCAAGAAAAAGGACGGCGUCGUACAGCUUCCUCGCCGUGCCUCGAAGCGACUUGCUGCUCUUCCUCUUGAGCCUACUACCGCAGAACUAGAGGCGAGUUCAUCUUCUCCUCAAGCAGAAGCAGCUGUUAAAAUUGUGGAUGUUGCUACUGUCGGACUCGAUUCUACCUCAGCACAGAAGACCCAAAGUCAACAGCAUCAGCAUCAGCAUCGAGCAGCAUUAGUUAAGCCAUCAAGUGAACCGACUGAUCCCAAGCUGCAAAUAAAUAAUCUAAACCAGAAUAAUUCCGAGGCAAGAAAAGCCUCCCCUGAAUCAAAUAAGAGCAAGCUUUUUGGAGCCUGUAAGAAAGCUGAAGAAGAUGAAGCUGGGAAGCUGCCUCUCGAUCCUCCCCUGGGAGAGUUAUGGGAAGACCCAUGCAUUGCGUUUGCAAUAAAGACCCUCACCGGGUCACUUGAUGACCUGCCAUUAGGGUCGAACAAUAAUGGACUAGGCGAUUCCUCCAGUACCAAGGAGCAUUUGGCUACUCGAGAAGUAAGCAUUCCUGAAGUGGAGCCAAUCAAUAAUUCUCAGAAUCCAGGAUCGCCUGUCAGCUUGCCUGCAUCUUAUACAUGGGCGGACCCCUGUAUCGAGUUUGCCAUAAAAACUCUAACCGGUGCAAUUCCACUGGACUCUGAUCUUUUUAGUAUGCAAGAGCAGGCAACUUCAUCACAUCAAGUUCAGCCAAGUUCCAGUCAGGUAUUCCACCAGUCUCCUACUAUUUUCCCUACUGAAGCAGCACCAAGGGUAGAGCAGCUGUCGCUACCGCAGACUAAAAUCGCGAGGUACACCGGUGGGAGCAGCCCGUCUGCUGGUAUGGGAAGGAGAGUUACCAGAAGCCAGAGGAAGGCUGUGUAGGUUUGUCAUUAACUGUAGCCGAUUGUUAAUUGUACAUACGGAUGGUAAAGCUCUCCGAGUUCGGAGAGCAACAUCAUUUCUGGCUUUAGUUCUCUGUUAUCCUAGUUAGCUUGCUUUACCGUGUUCUGCAAAUUUGCUCACCUCUGUAAACAAAUGUUCUAACUUCAGGGUUCUUGCUUCUGGCUAUGCCACCGCAAGUGGUGCUCCAACUGAUGUUGAAUCAUAUAAUCUCCACGAUAGGGUAGUCCUAUAUCAUGUUUGUUUCAAUCAAUCUCAAAAUUGAGUGACUGUUCGUUUAAUUAACCAUUCUUGUAAAAUGAAGGGUCCAGCCCUAAUCUCCAGUACGCUCUCCACCAAUUCUCACUUUUAA